GACAUCAUCACAGGUCCUUUAGCUGGUUAGGAAAUAGCAUCUAUCUUAUUCCUUACAGAGUGAAAGACGAAGAUCUACAGUGUGAGCAGUAGGGAAGAAGACAUCUGGAGAGUGUGUGGCCCUCAGCAGGUCAGGAGGAUGGAGCAGGGCCCGGGGCCCCAUCACGGAGCCUCCACCUCCCUCACUGAUACCUGAGAGGAACAAUGAGCAGAAGAUCCUAGAACUCACCCACAAGAUGAUGGAGCUGCUGACUGGAGAGACAUUGUACUUCUUCUUCUGUUUGGUUCCCUGAUGAACCUGAAGACAUCUUAUGGGAGAAACUUGUCGGUACCUGGAGCAGACUAAAUAUACGCGUUAUAUGGAUGGCUCCAUUGUGUCCUGAUAUUUCCCCAUACAGAAUAAGGAGAACAGAGAAGGACACAAGCAUCUAUACGAGGUCGUGGUGAUGGAGGACCACCGGCCCCCCACAUCCCUGGAUCAGUCUAUGAGGAGGAAACCACUGAAGAGAGGAUCUGGUCUUCUGUACUCUCAGGAUUGUCCGGAGGAAGAUCUCAAUGUCCCGCGGGGUCUUCAGGAUGAAGAUCUGAUUGAUAUUAAAGUAGAAGUUAUAGAGGAGGAGGAGGAGAUGUAUCUGAUGGGUGACCAGCCGUGUAAGGAGGAGGAGAGUCCUGUAGAGAUCGCCCCCGAUGGAUCCAAUGUAAAAAGAAAAGCGCUCCAGGAGAUGAGUCCUUACUCCCCAGAUGAAGAAGAUUCUGAUGUCCCACAAGACCACCAGGAUGAAGAUUUACUUGAUUUUAAAGUUAAGGUUAUUGAAGAUGAGGAGGGAGAAGACGAGGAGGAGGAGGAGGAGGAGAUGGUGAGUGACAUUAAGGAGGAGGAGGUCCCAGUGGCGAUCAGCACAGAUUUACCCCAGACUCCACACAGUAAACAUCCACCCACAAAUGAUGAGGAACAGUCCCUCGAUUCAGAUCACAUUGGUGGAAACCUAUAUUCUUGUUCUGUAUGCAGAAAGUACUUUAAGAAGAAGGCAAAUUUUAUUCGACAUCAGAGAAUCCACACUGGGGAGAAACCAUUUCCAUGUUCUGAGUGCGGGAAAUGUUUUACCCAGAAAUGUGAUUUUAUUCAGCACCAGAGAAUUCACACCGGGGAGAAACCAUUCUCCUGUCUUGAUUGCGGGAAAUCAUUUACAAAAAAGUCCAAUCUCGUCGAACACCAAAGAAUUCACACGGGGGAGAAGCCCUUUUCGUGUUUCGAGUGUGAAAAGUGUUUUGCAAGGAAGUCUGAACUUUUUCGUCAUGAGAGGAGUCAGCACACUGGUAAACGGCUAUUCUCAUGUUCUGUAUGUGGGAAAUGCUUCACUCAGAAAUCUGAUCUAAUGCAGCACCAGAGCUUCCACACGGCUCAGAAGUGGUAUUCAUGCUCAGAAUGUGGGAAAUGCUUUACCUGGAAGUACAACCUUGUAAAACACCAGCGCGUUCACACCGGGGAGAAGCCAUUCCCGUGCUCUCAGUGCGGGAAAUGUUUUACUAAGAAGUGUAACCUGGACGAACAUCAGAAAAUUCACGCUGGGGAGAAACCAUUUUCCUGCUCAAAUUGUGGGAAACGUUUUACAUCAAAAUCCAACCUUGUCACACAUGAGCGAAUUCACACGGGAGAGAAACCAUUCUCCUGUUCUCAGUGUGGGAAGUGUUAUACAAGGAAGGCCAACCUCAUGGAGCACCAGAGAGUGUGUGACAAGGCCUCGUAGUCUUCUCUAUGGAGCCGUGUCAGGAGUGCAGAGGAGAAGCCUGAACACAGCCGGACACUAUGACCCCAAUAAACCAGAAAAUGUUCAUGAAAAUGCACUAAACCUAAGUGACAUCUUUCCUGCCGCUAAGAUACGUGGAGAAUCCGGCAGGUGACGUUUCUACAGGUUCUGGUCACUCUUCUUAGAUUGAGUUCUGACCCUUGUUUAUCUGAUUUUUAAGGGGCCGGUGCCAUAAAAUUGUUACUAUUUGCAUAACCACAAGAUAUGCAACUUAGCAAUAUGUACUUAUAGUCAGUAAUAAGGAUUUCUGGCACUUACCCUGUUCCGAAAGUCUAUUCCUUCUUUCUGUAUGUAAAUUGUGUCAUCUCGCUCUCCCAAGACUUUGCUUCAGAUUUAGCUUGGAUUAGAGUUCAAACCCACCCACUGAGUGACAUCACCGCCUUCGGCCCACCCCCUCAGUCAUUUCCUUAGAGUAUUGAUAGUGUAAGUCCCGCCCCUCCAGGUAUGUCCUUAAAGAGGAUGGACUGAAGGUGGUGACAUGACUUAGGUGCGGGCCUUACAAUGUGUUAUCUAGAGGGUUGGCUGUAGGUGGUGACAUCACUCAGGGGGCCGGCUUAAACUUCAAGAUCAGUUCAUACCCAGUCCCUUAGACAAGCUAUAUGCAAAGUAAAGUCUUUGAAAGGAAGGGGGGAGGGGGAAUGCGGGGGGAUGUAAGUUAUGUAUUGAAGGAAGGAAAGAGCACAUGACAAGUUCCAAAACUCAUCAGGGAGAUUUAUCAAAAGUGAUGCAGUUGCCCAUAGUAACCAAUCAGAUCGCUUCUCUUAUUUUUCAGAGGCCUUUACAAAAAUAACAAGCGAUCUGAUUGGUCGUUAUGGGUAACUGCACCUCUUUUCUUCUGCACAGUUUUGUCUACUCAUUAUUGCUGACCAUAAGUAUCAGCUCUGGAAAAGAGACGGCUUCUAAUACCAGUCAGGCCAGAGACCUUUCACCUAAUGAAGUGCGUACCGGAUCCAAAUCUAGUCUUACGGGAAAAGAAUCAGAACCUUGUGUGGUCGUCUAUGUCCUCCUCCAAUGGACCAGCUGGAUGGUAAAAACAGUGCAAGUAGUUCCUCAAAGGUAGUAGGAAUAGAAUACUAACUAUUCUGCACGACACAGAUGAAAAGAAUUGAGUGAGGAAAAGGAGGGAUAGGAUCAAAGAGGAAAAGGAGGGAUAGGAUCAGAGAGGAAAAGGAGGGAUAGGAUGAGAGAGGAAAGGAGCGAUCGGAUGAGAGAGAAAAGGAAGGGAUCGGAUGAGAGGGGAAAGGAAGCGAUCGGAUGAGAGAGGAAAGGAAGCGAUCGGAUGAGAGGGGAAAGGAAGGGAUCGGAUGAGAGGGGAAAGGAAGGGAUCGGAUGAGAGGGGAAAGGAAGGGAUCGGUUCAGAGAGGGAAGGGAUCGGUUCAGAGAGGGAAGGGAUCGGAUCAGAGAGGAAAGGAAGGGAUCAGAGAGGGAAGGGAUCGGAUGAGAGAGGAAAAGGAGGGAUCGGAUGAGAGGAAAGGAAGGGAUCGGAUGAGAGAGGAAAGGAAGGGAUCGGUUGAGAGAGGAAAAGAAGGGAUCGGAUGAGAGGGGAAAGGAAGGGAUCAGAGAGGGAAGGGAUCGGAUGAGAGAGGAAAAGGAGGGAUCGGAUGAGAGAGGAAAAGGAGGGAUCGGAUGAGAGAGGAAAAGGAGGGAUAGGAUCAGAGAGGAAAAGGAGGGAUAGGAUCAGAGAGGAAAAGGAGCGAUCGGAUGAGAGAGGAAAGGAAGGGAUCGGAUCAGAGAGGAAAAGGAGGGAUCGGAUCAGAGAGGAAAAGUAGGGAUAGGAUGAGAGAGGAAAAGGAGGGAUAGGAUCAGAGAGGAAAAGGAGGGAUAGGAUCAGAGAGGAAAAGGAGGGAUCGGAUCAGAGAUGAAAAGGAGCGAUCGGAUGAGAGAGGAAAGGAAGGGAUCGAUGAUAGGAAAGGAAGCGAUCGGAUGAGAGAGGAAAGGAAGCGAUCGGAUGAGAGGGGAAAGGAAGGGAUCGGAUGAGAGGGGAAAGGAAGGGAUCGGAUGAGAGGGGAAAGGAAGGGAUCGGUUCAGAGAGGGAAGGGAUCGGAUCAGAGAGGAAAGGAAGGGAUCAGAGAGGGAAGGGAUCGGAUGAGAGAGGAAAGGAAGGGAUCGGAUGAGAGAGGAAAGGAAGGGAUCGAUGAGAGGAAAGGAAGGGAUCGGAUGAGAGAGGAAAAGGAGGGAUCGGAUGAGAGGAAAGGAAGGGAUCGGAUGAGAGAGGAAAGGAAGGGAUCGGUUGAGAGAGGAAAAGAAGGGAUCGGAUGAGAGAGGAAAGGAAAGGAUCGGAUGAGAGGGGAAAGGAAGGGAUCGGAUCAGAGAGGGAAGGGAUCGGAUCAGAGAGGAAAAGGAGGGAUCGAAUCAGAGAGGAAAGGAAGGGAUCGGAUGAGAGAGGAAAGGAAGGGAUCGGAUCAGAGAGGGAAGGGAUCGGAUCAGAGAGGAAAAGGAGGGAUCGGAUGAGAAAGGAAAGGAAGGGAUCGGAUGAGCGAGGAAAGGAAGGGAUCGGAUGAGAGGGGAAAGGAAGGGAUCGGAUCAGAGAGGAAAAGGAGGGAGCUGAUCAGAGAGGAAAAGGAGGGAUAGGAUCAGAGAGGAAAAGGAGGGAUCGGAUCAGAGAGGAAAAGGAGGGAUCGGAUGAGAUAGGAAAGGAAGGGAUCGGAUCAGAGAAGAAAGGAAGGGAUCAAAUCAGAGAGGAAAGGAAGGGAUCGGAUCAGAGAGGAAAGGAAGGGAUCGGAUCAGAGAGGAAAGGAAGGGAACGGAUGAGAGAGGAAAAGGAGGGAUCGGAUGAGAGAGGAAAAGGAGGGAUCGGAUGAGAGAGGAAAGGAAGGGAUCGGAUGAGAGAGGAAAGGAAGGGAUCGGAUGAGAGGGGAAAGGAAGGGAUCGGAUCAGAGAGGGAAAAAAAGGGAUCGGAUCAGAGCGGAAAAAAGGGAUGGGAUCAGAGAGGAAAAGAAGGGAUCGGAUCAGAGAGGAAAAGAAGGGAUUGGAUUAGAGAGAGGAAAAGAGAGCGGAUCAGAGCGAGGAAAAGAAGGGAUCAGAGAGGAAAAGGGGAUCAAAGAGGAAAAGAAGGGAUCAGAGGAAAAGAAGGGAUCGGAUCAGAGUAAGGAAAAGAAGGGAUCAGAGAGUAAAAGAAGGGAUCAGAGAGGAAAAGGGGAUCAAAGAGGAAAAGAAGGGAUCAGAGGAAAAGAAGGGAUUGGAUAAGAGUUAGGAAAAGAAGGGAUCAGAGGAAAAGAAGGGAUCAGAUGUGGCUGUACAGGUGGAGAUACAGUAAGUGUCAGGUUAAACUGUCCCAGACGAUGGUUUAUAAUAACAAGGUCUACAGCGGACAUGGGGGACAACAAAGUUAUAGACCAUUAGACCGUCACCUCAUUCCAAUAUGGCACAACCGUAGGAUGACAGACCUCAGCUGGGGUGAUGCGCACAGUGAGGACGAAACGGGCUCCAAGGGCCGAGCCGAAGUCCUGUAAAGGUAGGAAAAAAACAUCAAAAAGAUGCAAAAAAGACUCCGGCUGAAGACCCCGAAGAAUGGAGUCACAUCUGCUGAACACCUGAUGGUCAUACAGAGGCCGGUGGAGGAUCGGUGAGGAUCCGGAGAUGCAGAUUUAUCUUUGUGAAGGACAUAAAUCAAGGCUAUCCUGGAAGAUCACCGCAUUGAAUAUUAUAAUUUGGAAGAAGUUUAUAGAAUAAAACAAAUUUCUUCAUUGUACUUAAACACAUGAAACCUACGAAUAGUAAAAGAUGAAAAACAGAGAAUUUCCAGAGCGGUUUAUUAUAACGUUACAUACAUUGUAUCUUGUGGUUUUGUGUUUAUUUAUGACCACUUUAUCGUAUUCAUAUUAUUUCAGGUGAUGGAGCCUUUUUUACAAUUUGCCUUCUCUUAAG